GCACAGAGCAAGAGAUCUAAGGAUCCUCGACAUCUGGGAAAGGGAAUUGAUCAGAGUAAGUAAUGGGAGGAAGUACGGGCUGACAAGGACAAUGGUGGAGUCGCUGUAGUUCAGGGAUGACUUCCAAGGUUUUGUGGAAUCGAACACAGGCAAGAUGGAGAGAUGACGAGAAGAGCUAAAGAUGCCAGCGACCAAGCAGCAAGACGGUGCAAAUUUGAAUCAACAACAGGUAGCAAAAGGGUGGAAUGUGGCAGGCAGGUGAAACAGGGCAAGGUGCCCGACGCCGCCUGCAAAAGGGUCGGUCCCUUCAGUUCGCCCGGGAAUGGCAUACCAAACUCGCUGGGGUUUGCGAUUGUUGCACGAUCAAUUUGGGAGUUCGGGUCGGUUGCUGGGCGUGAAUCCUGGCGGCGCGAUGUCAUCAGCGGGGCAGUGCGGCGCCCGACCAGGCGUGUUGGUUUCACGCAUGCAAAACGUGGUUCGGCAACAAAUUCGAGGCUAUCCAGCAGCUUGAAGCGGUCUGCCGUGUUUUAUUGCAUGUUGGAAUUGAAUUGCGAUGAAGUGUCGAGCUUGAAGACCAGCGACCUCCCGUCUGCACCGAUCAAUUUGUUGUCGCAUGCGGGUCACAGACACCCAAAGAGCUCCAACUCCCAGUUUGGGCUCAGCGGCAUCGUUUCUGCCCGGUUCGUACAACUUUCUCGAGCCUUCUGCACCGAACAAAUUGUUCCUAAAUGUAUUAGGCCCAAGGCUUGAUCAGUUGUCGGCCGUCCUUUGGUUUCUCGGCUUGAUUGCUUCCGAUCCGGCCAUCGGUUCACCUCCAAGGUUCAUGACGUCAGCGCCCAGGCCAAGAAAAAGUUGUGUCUUGGUAGAUCUGUGCGUCCGCCCAGUCUAGAACCACCUGCGCGUUCCUGGCCCGUGCUUUCCAUUUGAUGGAAAUCUGCAUGUCAAAUUCAGUUAUCAAGGACUGAUGCGCCUGACAAUGGCGACGACGCUCGAUUGGCGAACUUUCUCUUCGGUA